AUGGAAGGUGAAACAACUAUUAUCGUGAAAUGGAAUGGAAAUGAAUAUAAUAUUAAAGAUCUCCAAGGUGAUACCACAAUUCUUGAGUUAAAAGCUAAGAUUUACGAAGAAACAGGAGUCAAACCUGAUCGACAAAAAUUGUUAAAUUUAAAAUGCAAAGGUCAAGAUGCAGAACAAACUAUAAGUAUGCUAAAAAUCAAACCUGGCUUCAAAUUGAUGAUGAUGGGCUCCAGAGAGGAAGAUAUUGCCGAAGCGAAUCGAAUUCCUAAAGAUGUAUCCGAAGUAAUAAAUGACCUAGAUGUUGAUCAAGAUAUUGAAGAUAUAGAAGUAGAAAAUGCUGAAAUUUAUUUGGCUAAGAUACAAAAGAGAAUUGAAACAUAUAAAAUCGAAGUAUUUAAUCCUCCUCGGGAAGGUAAAAAACUCUUAGUUCUCGAUAUUGAUUACACAUUGUUCGAUCACAGGUCUGUCGCGUCUAGUGGCAUAGAACUAAUGCGACCAUAUCUUCACGAAUUUCUCACAAGAGCUUAUCAACAUUAUGACAUCGUUAUUUGGUCAGCCACUAGUAUGAAAUGGAUCAAUGAAAAAAUGAAACUUUUAGCAGUAACAGAUAAUCCAAAUUACAAAAUAGCCUUUCAUCUGGAUUGCCUUGCAAUGAUUAAUGUAGUAACUUCAAAGUAUGGUCUCGUCGAAGUUAAACCACUUGGAGUUAUUUGGGGAAAGUAUCAACAAUAUUCGGCGAAAAAUACAAUUAUGUUUGACGAUAUUAGGAGAAAUUUCAUAAUGAAUCCUGGCUCUGGGCUGAAAAUAAAACCUUUUAAGCAAGCUCACUUAAACCGGGAUAAAGAUAAGGAGCUACUGAAACUUGCUGAUUAUUUAGAAGCUAUCGCUGAAGUCGAGGACUUUCAGACACUCAAUCACCGCAAGUGGAAAGAAUAUAAAAGUAAAAGAUCACACCGCAAACGUCCACACUAA